GAGAGCACAGCCUGCAGGAGACACACACAGAGGGAUAUAUAGGGACAGGGAGACAAAAAAAACCCCACUCUGCUCCUCCAUGCAUCCUCCCCUCCCCCACCACUUCUCAAAAUGACCCAAAUUCCCUCAAAAAGACCACAAAACCCUAAAUCUCACUCUCUCUGGCUCAUGGGGUCUCUCCAUCUAUGGCAGAACUUUCUACCCUAAACUUUCCCCCCUUCUCCAGAAGCCACUCAACAAAGGAAUCCUUCUGCACCCUGCAUUUCUAACCAAAAUAUUAGGAUUCUUUCAGAAUAAACAAGAGCCAACGUUUCGGCAACAAUGUCUCCCCGAGAAUUCCCCGCAGCCCUGUAUGUGAGGAUGGUGGUCACCUUGUGGGAUUUCUGCAUCAUAUCUGCUUUAAGUCUGGACCCCAUCUACUGGAACAGCUCCAACAAAAGGUUCCAGGAUUCGGAGGGGUACGUGCUGUACCCCCAGAUCGGCGACCGGCUGGACCUGCUGUGCCCUCGCUCAGAGCCCCGAGGGCCCUUCUCCUCCUCGUCCUACGAAUACUACAAGCUUUACCUGGUGGGCAGCGAGGACGAGGUGCAGUCCUGCGCCAUCCUACGAACCCCGAACCUCCUCCUGACCUGCGACCGGCCGGGGCAGGACCUCCGAUUCACCAUCAAGUUCCAGGAGUACAGCCCCAACCUGUGGGGCCACGAGUUCAAAUCCCAGAGGGACUACUACAUCAUCGCCACGUCGGACGGGACCCUGGAGGGUCUGGAGAAUCUCCGGGGAGGCGUCUGCGAGACCAAAGGCAUGAAGGUGACGCUGAAAGUCGGCCAAAAUCCAGAUGGCAGUACUCCGCCUCGCAAACCAUCUUCAUCUGGAAAGGAUUCUGGGCUGUCUCCAUCUGUGCCAAAUCCAGAUGCCCCGAACCUAGGAGGAGACAUGUCUGGCAACGCGACUAAAACUGGUGAAAACGGUCCCCUUCCUAACUCCCAUGUGCCUCUGGUGGCUGGGGCGGCCGGAGGUGCCGUCCUCCUACUGUUGGUGUUCGGAGUGGCGGGAUGGGCUUGCCACCGCCGCCGCCAAGCUAAACACAGCGACACGCGGCACCCGCCUCUCUCUCUGGGCUCCCUCGCUACUCCCAAACGCGGAGGCAACAACAACGGCCAUGAACCCAGCGACAUCAUAAUGCCUCUCCGGCCGUCCGAAGGGGGCGCCUUCUGUCCUCACUAUGAGAAGGUCAGCGGGGACUAUGGACACCCUGUGUACAUUGUCCAGGACAUGGCCAGUCAAAGCCCGGCCAAUAUCUACUACAAAGUAUGAAAGAGCCACCGACUUUGCUUCUUCUUGUAGUAUUUUUUUUAUUUUAUUUUAAUUUUUUAAGGGUUGGGAAGUUGUAGGAUGUUAAUGGGUUUGGGGGUCAAGAACCUUGAAAAAUGAAGGGUGGGAGGAGAACGAGCCCCGACAAAAUAUUUAAA